GUUCAUUCUAAAGGAACGGGUGCUUUCGGAUACUUUGAAGUUACACAUAAUGUCUCGCAAUACACUAAAGCUGAUUUCCUAAAUGAAGUCGGAAAAAGAACGCCUAUUGCAGUUAGAUUUUCACCAACAGUCAUAGAGCGAGGGGGCAGUGAUUUGUUCAGAGGCGCGCGAGGGUUUGCAGUUAAAUUCUAUACGAAAGAAGGAAAUUUUGAUGUCGCCAGCUUCACUACACCUAUGUUUGCUAUUAAAGACCCAAUAUUAUUUACAACAUUCGUUCAUGCGCAGAGAAGAAAUCCUUCGACCGGUAUCCGGGAUAACAAUAUGAUUUGGGAUUUUCUGACCUCAUAUCCAGAGAGCUUGAGCCUGUUUCUAAUUACUUUAGGAGAUGAUGGCAUACCCCAAGGCUACCGUCGCAUGCGUGGAUUUAGUAUACACACGUAUCAAUUUCAAAAUAAAUUUGGCGAGAUCUAUUUUGCCAGGUUGCACAUGGUCCCCGAUAUUGGAAAAGCGAGUAUCACCACGGAAGAGGCUAGAGUGCUAGACGGCACUGAUCCUGAUGUUUUUACGAGAGAUUUAUAUGAAGCUAUAGCUUGCGGAAAAAAGGUCAGCUGGACUUUUAGUAUACAGGUAAUGAGCUUGAAGCAAGCGCUUAAUUUUAGCAUUGAUGUCUUUGAUUUGACUCUAGAAAUUCCUGAAGAUGAAGUCCCACUUGUUCCCGUGGGAAGACUAGUAUUGAAUACGAAUCCAGAUAAUCAGUUUGCCCAGAUAGAACAACUAGCGUUCUGUCCGUGUAACCUAGUGCCAGGUAUUGAUGGAGCACCGGACAAGGUAUUUGAAGCUCGUAGCUUCGCUUACAGAGAUGCCCACCUUUAUCGCUUAGGAGCAAACUUUAAUAAAAUUAGGGUGAACUGUCCAAUCUACGCACACACGUAUAACAGGGACGGUCGUGCUCCUGUGGGAGAUAAUGAACGAGAUUUACCAAACUAUUAUGAAAAUACUUUUAACGGUCCAGUUGCGUAUAAUGACACUUACAGAUCGAAUUUGAUAGAAAUAUUUGAAAAAGAACCAAAUAACUUUUCUCAAACAGCGCGGAUAUAUCAAAAUAUGUCAAAAGGCGAGAAGGACCGUUUAAUCAGCAAUAUGAUGAUCAGUUUGGGACCCGCUUUACCAUCUCUACAUGAAAGAGCAGUAAAAAUAUUUAAGGUUAUUGACCCAGAACUCGGAUGCCGAGUGGAGCAAGCUUUAAAGGAGUAUCAGAGAGAAUCUGCUUGUACUCUUCCAUUUAUAAAUUGA